AUGCGGAGCCGAAUCACCGUCACUCCUGUCUACGGGCCACCGCACGCCCUCUCCUCCACUAUCACACGCCCGGCCUUCCUCUCGCCGGCGUCUCUACCACUACUUCUCCUCUCCCUCCUCCCCCUCCUCCUCCUCCUCCUCCUCCUCCUCCCCGGACGCGCCUCGGCGGACUGCGAGUGCGGCUACGCGGCCGUCGUCGACGGGGCCAGGCACGUCUUCACGGACCUGAUCGAGACCGACUUUGGGCGCAUGACCGGCGGCGGCGACGUGGUGGCGCGCGACACGGACUGGGAGAGGCAGGCGUUCAACCUGAGCGCGGCGCGGGCGCGGGGCCCGCUGGGCGAGAUGUUCGCCGUCGGGAACGUCGUCGCGGACGAGGGCCUGCGGCUCGGGGUCGGGAGCCGGACCGUCGACGAGAUGGUCCCGGUGGCCGAGAUCGACUCGAGCAGGAUGGACCUGCUGUGGGGCACGUUCAGGGCUAGCAUGAGGCUCACGGGGGUCCCGGGGACUUGCGCCGCGUUCUUUUGGUACUUCAACGACACGCAGGAGAUCGACAUGGAGUUCCUCUCCAAGGACUUCAACCACAGCAACGGCAGCUUCCCCGUCAACCUGGUGCUGCAGUCGCGCGACUCCCUGGCGGCGGGCUACAACGCGCGCGCGACGGGCAACUUCGUGCAGGCGCAGCUGGGGUUCGACCCGACGGCGGCCUUCCACGAGUACCGCAUCGACUUCCUCCCCGGGCGGGUGUCGUUCCACGCCGGGGGCCGGCCGCUGGCGCACAUGGUGGGCGCCGCGGUGCCGGACUCGCCGGGCCACCUGAUCCUGCAGCACUGGAGCAACGGCAACGCGCUGUGGUCGGGGGGCCCGCCCGCCGAGGACGCGGCGCUGGUCGUCCAGUACGUCAAGGCCUACUUCAACUCGUCGGCGCCGCAGAGGCAGCGCGACUGGGCCGGCAGGUGCGGGGACGCGGCGGCGCCCGGGGCCGUCUGCGAUAUCCCCGAGAGGACGGAGGGGAACACGUCGGCGGCCGGAUGGUUCUUCAGCGAUGGGCAUAACAUGACGAAUAACCAGACCGUGUAUGGGAAGAGCGAGGGGUCGAGGUCGGGGGUGUUGUUGUGGUGGUGGCUUGUGCUCUCGGUGGUGCUACUGUUCUUGGAAUAA